CUUCUUGGGCCUAAACUCAUCAACAAAUUCCUCAGAUCUCCCGCAAGCAUUUGCACCUUCAUUUUUGGAGACCUGACCAGGACAUCUCUAUCAUCAUGGCAACGCCUGUCUCUCUUGAUACUCAGACUUUUUGGAGCCCUCCGCAGGAAGCGUACACGGAGAAGCCCUGCAUCGUGAAGGCUUCGCGGCAGCCGUUACCGCAACAGCCGCAGCCAGUUGUUACGACAGCCUCGGUGUCGAUUUCUUCUGAUGAAGACUUCGACAACGAUUCACUCCCGUCCAUUGGGGUCCUUAUGGCAUCAGUUGCGGAUGAGCAGCGAGCUUAUGCAAGAAACGCAGACAACCUUACUCAGAUGCCUAUGGCAGCUCAGCGUACUGGAUUUGCUUCUUCGCGAGGCUCAUCUAGCAACCGUCAGCUUACCCAACGAACAAGAUCGAGCAAACUUCCACCAAUUUCAUCUCAUAACGGUCUUGCUACCGUGUUAUUGACCGCCGCUCAGCCAGCGUCGCCUAUGACUGCGUCACCUGACGAGAAUGCACCAAGGCAGCAUCGGCACACCAGUGAUCCUUACGAACCUCACCGCAUCUUAGCCAUCGAUGCGGUCCCUCAACGACAGGCUAGCCUCGAGGUAGCCCCUGGCGAUCGGCGUGAGUCGAUUCAUGGCCCUGAAGCUGAGAUACUCGAUCAACGUGAUGCUAGCUUAAUCGACGACUGCGACCUGGGGGGUGUGGAAACUCACGAGACUUUCCAUACGCAGGAAACUGCAGGGGGGCCCGGCGAUCCGGUUGCUGGCCGAGGAAGCUCCCAGCCAGGCAGUGGACAGAGUUUUCAAUCAGGAGGGGGCUUGACACGCGACGCAAACAGCGGUGUCCCUCCUACAGCUGAUGCAACGCUGGCUAGGGAUUCUCGCGGUGUGGAUGAUGGAUCCCCCACGGACCAGGCCAGCACUACUAGUGCCCGGAGAUGGAGGCGAUUACAAAGCACUCGUACACUUUCGAAACCGCCCGCAAUUCGUCCACUUGGAAAAGUGGCAAGCGUCGGAUCGGAAGCGGGCAGCAGCGACGAUGAAGGUGUUCCGGCUCGCAAGCGUCAAAAGACCACACGUUCUGCUCCCGCGAGACGUGACGCGAAGCCUAAGUCUAGGCCCGCGCGAGACCCUCGGCUCCGCGCCUCCAAACCGACAUCGAAACAGAGCAGCAAACGGCCGGCCGUCUCCUCCAAUCUUCAACCUAAGGAUGCCGUCCUCGCAAGCUACGAGGAGUGGCCGCUCCCUGAUGCAAUGCUCAAGCGUGUCCGAGACAACGGCAAGGCAACUUUCCAAAUUGAGUUCUCUUGGGAAACAUUGUGCGUGGCCCAUGCGGCCCAGGAUACAUCAACGACCAGCGCCCAGUUACUGCCGAGUAAAGUGCGAGGUCCGAAGACCAACACCGGGGGGCCAACAUCUCUGGAGUUCACAAAUGGCAGCAUAGAGCAGUUGUGUCCUAACCAGGCUAGUGACGCCGGCAUCUAUACGGUGAAACGAAUGUUUGCUCGAUGGAUGAAAGGCUUCUACUUUCUCCAAUGGUCCGAUGACACCACCGGGUGGGAGCCAAAGAAGAACAUUCUCGAUAAGAGAAUGCUCCGCGAGUUUGAGGCAACAUACAAGGGGUUUGAUGAAGGGGUUGCUGUGCUGAAUUCACGGACUCGGGCUGGCAAACGUAAAUGUCUUUUGCAUUGGCAUGACCGCCCGUCGUCUGAGGAUUCGUGGGUGGCCGAGAGGCUGAUGAGCCCGGAUGGCAUCGUCAAAUUCAGGGCACGUGGGUUGGAGUAGCCCUCCUAUCUAGCGUGCUGAUGACUUAGACAACCUCUCUAGCUGCGUUUACUUCCUGCCAAUCUUAACAACCCCGUUGCCUCUCAUCUCUAGUCU